CUAAAUCAGCUAAAAUCGCUAAAACAUUAUAAAAUCAUUAUAAUCUGUUAUAAUCUAUUAAAACACUAAUAUGGAUUUAGAUAGUAGUGCCUAUUAUAAGCUUAGUUCAGUUAGACUUGGUAAUGUAAACUUUAAAGAAUAUCAAAGAAUAUCUGGAGAAUUAGGUCUUUUACGUGAUCGAUAUGAUUAUAAAACACCAGAAAUGUGGUGUUCUCGCAUUCGUGUUCUAUUUAGAAAAAUACUAGAAGAGAAUCCAAGAAUCUUUUCUAAGAAUGGAUACAUUACAAUGAUUGGAAAACAUAUUGAAAGAAGUGAUAGAGUUCAUGGUCUUCGAUCCAAUUAUAUAUAUUGCAGUGUAUGUGACUCCUUAGUUUUCAUAUCUAAAACUCCUUGUUUAGAAACUUGCUAUCGAGAUAACCAUCUUAAGAGAUGUAUUAAUGGAGAUCAAAAUGAACAUGCAAGAAGAAAAGAAAUUCUCCAAUCUAUUGAUGAAAGAGAAUCUACUAUUUGGGUAUAUAAACAAUAUAUAUUACAAGAAGAGGCUAAACUUAAUCGUCUCCGUCUAGAGCUUUUCUUCCCAUCUACCUCACACUCAGAAAAGGAUAAAUUGGCAUUGAUAUCAUAUGAUUAUGAUGCUCGUUCAGUCAGCUAUGAAGCUUACCUUUCGGCCAAAGCAACUAUGGCAAAAAAUACUAUGCCCAAUGCUCCAAAUUUAAAUCCAUUUCGUGUUUCAUCUGCCAGAAGUGAUACAGGCAAAUUAUUUAUAAUAUUUCUGUAUGUAAAUCAGCCAAAAGGCACUGUAUUGAGAUUGGAGGAUGGGACAGAAAUCACAGUAGUUUAA